UGUGGAAUGCGUUUAACGCUGGCCUGGUUCUCCUUUACCUCAGUUUGUGGGGGUUUCUGACGAGGCUGCUUUUGUUUUUACAGAUUAACAAAACUAUAUUUCUUAAAGCAAAAUAACACCUGACACAUUUGCUUACAUCAAUCAACACUAUUAACAGUUUAAACUAAAGCUAUGAUACAGUGUAUCUGGAUUAUUUAAUGUAUUGCAUUCCCUUACAAUGUCUCCUUUCAGGCCUUGUGCUUUGUUUAACUGUGUUCAGUUAGAUGCCGAGAUGGCUUCCUUCACUUUGCUAACCAAGCUACUUGUCACUUCUGCAACGGUUCACGCUACAAUCACUCCGAAACGGGCUCUGGGGCCUUCUGCUUAGCCACACUUCUGCAGCUUGGCCUAAGCCCCUUGCAAAUGGCCCAGGCUGGCAACAAGACACUGUCCUUAUUGCCUGAGGAAAUGUAUGUUUGCAAAACCUACCAACAAUUAGCAGAUAUCUGUAUGACUCAGAAGUUGAACUGCUCGCAUGUCCCCAACCUUCGUGAAUUUAUAACAAGGACCCAUGCAGGCCUGGUUUAGGAAGCGCUGAAGGCUGGAAGCAUGCGAGCGCAUGAAGGCCCGGCAGGUCGACGGCAUCUAUUGCAUUCAUCCCUGCCUGGGUCUCUGGUGCCAUUUGCUCUUGUUCCUGUACAAGCUGCUCCAGUUUAGCAUGGUAUGACAUCUUCCUGCACCGUGGCUGUCACCGCGUCAUUGUCCCGUGCUAUGGUCAUGAAACGUUCCCUCCUGGUGACUGAACUGAAAGGGCUCGGGUCAUUCUCGGCUUGCAUCUUGGAAGCCUCUCGAAAGCCUGGCGCUCUCGAUGUCCUGACAGCCCUGCCUAGUGGCUAAUGCCUGUUCAGUCCUUCAAGGUGCCGAGGCUGCACUCAGAGGUCUGUGGCAGCAGAGAUGCAAAGCAGGACCCCUGAGGGCAGCUCAUUGCACCAUGGCCAAACCCUUCCUGGGUUGAUCAGGCACCAGGGGAGAGGGAGUGGGAAGGUGAUGACCUCUAGCCCCCAACCUUGCAGGCAGUUGCCACUCUGGGAAGGCUGCAGCACUGCCACGUAGGGGCCCCAAGGUUUGGUGGGGAAGUGCACAGCACUGCUGUGUAGGAGGCCUUAGGCACCUCGCUGCUUCUGCUGCCAGGCUCUAGGCUGAGAUACCAUCCCUGGAGAGGGAGGGAGGGGUUUCUGGUGACCUGAGUUUGGCCCCAGUGAUUUUGUCUGUCACCAGAGCCCUGCUGAUUGCACCUGCCUUAAACUUUCAGAGAAAGAGCAUCAUGUUUACAUCCUCUCCCAACCUCCACAUGGAGCACAACACACAGCCACGGUCUGUAAUCCUUCUAAGCAUUUUAAGAACAAAACACUGGGCUGAGCGCAGAGGAAGAGUUUUCCCUUCCCCAGGGCUAUUCCAUCUCCCUUCCAAGGCAAGACGUUUUCCUACGCAGCAUGCCCCUUUUACCAGCCUUUUGCUGUACUUCAGUUGCCAGCAAAAGAAUUAGCACAAAAUGUCUUGCUGCAGGACACUGGAGUGGGCCUGUGGCCCCUCUUCUUGCGCAGCGAAGUGGGGCUGUUUGCACACAAGGAGUUAACUCCUCUGCUGCAUUAACCAAGCAUCCGAAGGAUUGUCUUCAGAAAGUUCCUGGUCUGUUCUUCCUUGUUCUCUCCUUUCACAUUGAUUGCGGCUCCAAAAACAACACCCCACCUGCUAGGGUCAAUGGUGAUUGCUUCACAGCCCUUAUAUAAACCCCAGGAGCAGACCUGUGUCCCUUUCAGCACGGGGCGUGAACUGGCGCCAUGGCAACCCUGGGGAGAACGAUCCUGGCGUACAGGAAUUACCUGAUCGUACUGCUGACACCUAUAGUGCUUCUUCCUCUGCCGCUGGUCAUUCCUACCAAGGAGGCACGAUGCGGCUACGUCAUCAUCCUGAUGGCCCUGUUCUGGUGCACAGAAGCAUUGCCGCUGGCCGUCACAGCCCUCUUCCCCGUCUUGCUGUUCCCGCUAAUGGACAUCAUGGAUUCGACCCAAGUCUGCAUGGAGUAUCUGAAGGACACCAACAUGCUCUUCAUCGGGGGGCUGAUGGUGGCGAUUGCAGUGGAGCACUGGAACCUGCACAAGCGCAUCGCCCUGCGGGUCCUGCUGAUCAUCGGGGUUAGGCCUGCCCUGCUGCUCAUGGGCUUCAUGGUUGUCACUGCCUUCCUCUCCAUGUGGAUCAGCAACACAGCCACCACAGCCAUGAUGGUGCCCAUCGCACAAGCAGUACUGGAGCAGCUGCACAAGUCAGAAGUGGAGGCAGGCCCAAUUCAGCACACGUCUGAGAGCAUCAAUAAAGCCUUUGAGCUGCAGGAGGGGUCAGAAAAGUCGGAGGCCUCCAAAGAGAAACAAGGUAACGGGCACAUGCUGACAGUGGAGGACGAUCAGCGGCUGCGAGAGGAGGAGGAGCGGCUGCGAGAGGCGAAGCACCUGAAGAACUGCAAGGGAAUAUCCCUCUCCGUUUGUUAUGCUUCCAGCAUUGGUGGGAUUGCAACCCUGACGGGGACCACCCCCAACCUGGUGAUGAAGGGACAGGUGGAUGAGCUCUUCCCUAAAAACGGCAACAUUGUGAACUUCGCCUCCUGGUUCACCUUUGCUUUCCCGACCAUGCUCCUGCUGCUGUUUCUCUCCUGGAUUUGGCUCCAGAUCCUCUUCCUGGGGUUUAACUUUGCAAAGAAUUUUGGUUGCACCUCAAACGCCUCUGAGAAGACAAAGGAGCGAAUGGCUUACGCCGUUAUCAAGGAGGAGCAUAAGAACUUGGGCUCCAUGAAAUUCUCCGAAAUCGCCGUCUUGUUCCUCUUUGUAUCACUGGUGCUGCUUUGGUUUACCAGAGACCCUGGUUUCAUGCCAGGCUGGGCAACUUAUACCUUCACCAAGGAUGGCAAAAGUUAUGUCACGGAUGCAACAGUAGUCAUCUUCAUUUCGCUUUUGAUGUUCGUAAUCCCUUCGGAGAUUCCCAGCUGCUUCUCUCGUGCUAAUGCGGGGCAUGCUGAAGACAACGGUGGUGCAGGGCAGGUCCGAGUGCCUCCGCCCCUCCUGCAGUGGAAGACCAUUAAUGAGAAGAUGGCCUGGAACAUCGUGAUUCUGCUAGGAGGCGGCUUUGCUCUGGCCAAAGGCAGCGAGGAGUCUGGUUUGUCUCUGUGGCUGGGAAACCAGCUGACCCCUUUGCAGAACAUCCCACACGCAGCCAUUGCUUUGCUGUUGUGCCUCCUGGUUGCCACUUUCACUGAAUGCACCAGUAAUGUGGCUACCACCACCCUGUUCCUUCCUAUUCUGGCUUCAAUGGCUCAAGCCAUCUGCCUCCAUCCUCUCUACAUUAUGCUGCCCUGCACGCUGUCUUCAUCCCUCGCGUUCAUGCUGCCAGUGGCUACCCCGCCCAACGCCAUCGUCUUCUCCUACGGCCAGCUCAAGGUUCUGGACAUGGCCAAGGCUGGAUUCAUGCUCAACCUACUGGGGGUUCUGACAAUCACCCUGUCCAUCAACACCUGGGGCUACUCCUUAUUCCAGCUCCACACCUUCCCGACCUGGGCAAACAGCACGUUAGCAACUUGCCACUAACACGGAGAAACAGGGCAACCAACAGCUGCCGGGGAGGCCACCCCCAUCUACGUAAGCUUUGCUGAGCCGGUAGAAACAUGAGACAGGCCACAUCUGUGGAAGCAGACACGUCAUUUAGAAGCAAACUCACCCAAACAAGAACUGCCGCGGAGUCACCUGACUGUUCUGCAGCACGCAGGGGAAGGGUUACACCAGCCGUGAGAUGUAGCCUGGCACCGUGCAACCCCUGCGCUUGUCUCCAGAGAACCGCUGGGAAAUGUCCCCCCCUCCCCCCCACUCCCACCCCAUCUGUCUGCUCUCGACUUCACCUGCCAAAUCCAGCACUGAGUGAGAAAAGAAAGAGGAGCAAGUGCAACAAGAUCGUUUGUGCAAGAGAAAGGAAUGGUACCUGGUGUGUGUGCACGCAUGUGUGUGAGCACAUGUGCGUGCACAUGCCCUUGAAAUGAACUGUAGAGCCCCGUGUGUGCACACAGCUCCAUGUGCACCUGGGCAUGCGUGUGCACUCUACCACUGGCAUGCUAAAAGCGUGUCGUUCAGCCAUUAGGGACAGAUCAGAGCUCUGUCCAGCCCCCGCUGUUGCUUUGUAAUUUAUUUAUUGACCGGUCCGUAGCUGAGGUUCGGAGCAGCUCCCGGGAGCAGGCGGCUGGUUUCAGUCCUGCGGCCAUCGAUAGGCGUCUUGAGGUCUGAAGGCCACAGCUGGAAUAGUUGUGUUCUCCUGAGAGUGGGGAAAGUUUUCUUUCCUCAAUGUCAGUUGAAUUAAAGGACUUUUGUGCAAUG